UCAAUGACCAAUCAACAGGCAGCAGCCUGUCAGUGACGUUUCAGCAUGCGCCGGAAGUGUGGAGGAGCGCUCGGCUCGAUCGGCAUGACUUUCCAUCAGGAGCUGCAGGCCGCAGAUCGAUCAGACAAAAUGCGGUUUUUAGAGGCAUAAUAGCGGAUUUGUCUCAUGACAGGACCGCGCAGCUCCGCUUGAGGCCGCUGGAUGGAGAAACAGCAAAUAUAGCGAGCUAACCGGGUUGAGCAGGAGAGGAGCGAGUGUGUGUGUGUGUGUGAUUUUGUGUGUGAGGUCACCGGCGGCAAUGAUGGAACAGAAGUGCAACAUUCAGAUCAUUGAAUGGGAAGAUCUGGACAAGAGGAAGUUCUACUCGCUGGGCGUCUUCAUGACCAUGAUUACACGGGCCACCGUCUACCCGUUCACCCUGAUCCGCACCAGACUGCAGGUCCAGAAGGGGAAGUCGCUCUAUAACGGCACCUUCGACGCCUUCUGGAAGAUUCUGAAGGCCGAGGGGGUGCGUGGCCUUUAUCGAGGGUUCAUGGUCAACACGUUGACGCUUAUCUCAGGUCAGGCCUACAUCACUACCUACGAGCUGGUACGGAAAUACGUGUCCUGUUACUCGUCCAAUAACACGGUCAAGUCUCUGGUGGCGGGAGGCGCGGCCUCACUGGUGGCCCAAAGCAUCACGGUGCCCAUCGACGUGGUGUCCCAGCAGCUGAUGGUGCAGGGUCAGGGCUGUCAGCUCACACGCUUCAAACUCAAGCCCAAGAGAGUGAUGGCCACGUCCAAACACAAAGUGACAUUUGGUCAAACCAGAGACAUUGUGGUUCAGGUUUUUCACACGGAUGGAUUUCGGGGCUUUUAUCGUGGAUAUGUGGCGUCGCUCCUCACCUACAUACCCAACAGCGCCGUCUGGUGGCCAUUUUAUCACUUUUAUGCAGAGCAGCUCUCCAGACUGGCUCCUGCUGACUGUCCGCACCUCCUCCUGCAGGCCGUGGCGGGACCAAUGGCUGCAGCUACAGCCUCCACCCUCACCAACCCCAUGGAUGUCGUCCGAGCCCGAGUUCAGGUUGAAGGUCGCUCGUCUGUGAUGGAGACGUUUAAGCAGCUCCUGGCUGAAGAGGGCGUGUGGGGUCUCACCAAGGGUCUGUCUGCACGCAUCAUUUCCUCCACGCCCACGUCAGUCAUGAUCGUCAUCGGUUACGAGACACUAAAGAGACUCAGUCUGCGGCCUGAACUGGUGGAGAGCAGACACUGGUGAAAACACGCAUACCUCAGCCUUUUAAACAGAUGCCUUUUAUUAUUUUCAUGUUUUAUGAGGACAAGGCAAUAAUUGGCGCUCAAAUUUCCUUUCUGACUUUUUUGUGGAUUUUGUAGCCUGUUGUCAUGAACUUGUCCGGCCCGAACUAGUAUUUUGUAACGAGACGUCAUGGAUCUCGUUUGUCCUUUUCGCCCGGAAUGUGUUUGUUUAUCAGAGGUUUUGAAGUGAAAAUCAUUUUGAAAUGGUGAAUUUGACACUUUCUUGUGACUCUCAUGCAGUGCUCUUCACGUCAUCUGACAGGAAGUGAGAUCAUCACAUCUGUUACAUGGUAGGAAGAAUGAGAACAUGUAUGGGCUUUUCACACUUGAAACCCUGGGUCAUGUUAAACCCUAACAAAUUAUUCGGAGUAGUCAGUUUUGUCUUAUUUGCAUAUUUACAAGGUUAUUAAUAUUGUUUGGACGAGUGUCUUCUGAAACACACUAAAUAGUCUAAUUUAUUACUCCAGUUUACAUAUUUAGUCGUGGUUUGAUAUUUUUAAGUAUUGACCUCAGACACUUGAAUAAUGUGUAAAAGUAAAUAUGAUGAACAGUAAAUAUUUCACUGUGCUCAUGAAUAUUUAAUGAGGCGAAAAUUGACUAAACAUGUAACUAACAUUUCCAUCGUGCUCAUGAAUAUUUAAUGAGGUGAAAAUUGACUAAACAUGUAACUAACAUUUCCAUGGUCAUGAAAAAUCUGGAAAUAUCAGUACAUAUUAAAAUUAACAAGGCAAUUCAUUUUGAAAUUCAUA